CAACCAAAAUGUAGUGAGUAAACAUUAUUUAAAAUAAUAGUUCAUUAACAAUUUGUGAAAAUAUAACAGUGACCAUCGAGGUAUAACGUCGAGGUCAAAUGCAUGUAGUUAAUCUAAAAAUUAAUUUUGGUAGCACGUAAAAUGCGGUUAUUGCGGGUGGGUCAUGAGAGGAACCUGCAGUAAUAUAGAGGCCCAUGAAUGUUUUCGGAAUUACAACGAAGAUCUCCAUUUACUUCAGGUGGACAAUGAUCAUAUGGCAAGGAUGAUACCAAGAAACACAUAUGAAGAAAAUAGCACUUUGAAUACUGAAGUUGUUUCGUCGAAAUAUCCAAAAUAUUCAGGUGACGCAGUAAAUGAAUUAUUAAUAGAACUAGUCCAAGCAAGGCCUAGCUUGUGGAAUCAUACACUACCAUUGCAGGAGAGGACAAAUAUAAAAAAGGAUGCUCUUUGGGCAGAAAUCUCAAAUAAGAUGGGAGGUGGUGACAUGACCGUAAAGUGGGUCAAAGAGCACUGGAAAUAUUUACGGGACGCAUACAUGAAAGCAAGGAAAGUAAGCAGACAGUACGUUCCCAGUGGAUCCUCAACAGAUUCUGCAAAAGCAAUAAAGAAGCAUUCGUUUCGCUUCUUUAAGCGAAUGAAAUUUUUGGAAAUCUCUUUACAAACAGAAUCUACUAUUUCAUCUUUGCUGCCUUCAUCUACUUCUUCUUCUUCGGAAUCUCUAAAUGUACCAGUGUAUUCAUCACAAAAGGAAAACAUUGCUCCAUUCAGAAAUGAAAAUAUGGACUUGAAUACAACAAUUUUGCCAUCCUUAUCUCCAUGUGCUUCCCGCACUACGCUAAAUAAACAUCAAAGAAUGCAUAUGUAAAACCACCAGUCAAGCGCAGUCCAUUGGCAUCAAAUUUAUCACCGAUGAGAAAAGCGAAGAUACCCAAAGUGAGUCCGGAGUCUGAAGAAGUGCAAUAUGCUAUCUUAGAUGCUUUGCGGGAAGAACAUGUAGGUUCAGAUGCAAUAGACGGCAUAUUGCUUCGACUUGGCGAAGGACUACGUCGCCUUCCAUACCGGAGAAGGACGGAAUUAGAGAUUGAAUGGCUACGACAACAGCUAAGAGAAGCGGAACUAGAGUGAAAUACUGUAAAGGGUACACAUUACAAAUGUAAU